AUGCAAUCUGAUCAGCCAGAAGCAUCAUCAUCGAGGCUCAUGACUACGAAUGCGAUGCCAAGCGCUCCCGCUCGAGUUCUGACCUCGGACGCCGCAGUGGAUGUAUGGCCAGCGACCAACGCAUUCAGGUCAUUCUGGGAGUGGACAAAGCAGCGAUGCGACAGAAUCAAGGGGAAGGAGAUUCUACAUGGGUCAGACAGCACAUCCGAGGCCAUCACAGCUCUGAUGGAUCUUUUGGUGCAAAUGAUAGAUUGGAUCGACGAAGUCCCUCUGCAGCCAUUAUCCAGUCAACGUUUCGGUAAUCUAGCAUUCAGAGACUAUAUAAAGCUAGUCGAUUCACGGCUGCCUUUGAUCGUGAAAUCCUUCCCAAAUAUUCCAGUAUACCUUCCAGACCAAAUCCUCCCUCUACUCAUCCAGUCCACACCCUUUGGCCAACCGACCAGGUUAGACUAUGGAACAGGUCACGAGCUCGCGUUCGUACUUGUCCUGUGGUCUUGCGUCGCUUCCGGGUGGAUAAAGUCGGAGGAAGAGGAAGACGAAUUGAUCUUAAGGGUGUUUCCAAAGUACCUGGAACUUGUGACGCUUCUCCAAAAGAAGUACAGGCUCGAGCCAGCUGGUUCGCACGGAGUCUGGGGUCUCGAUGAUUACUCUUUCUUCCCAUACCUAUUUGGAUCAGCCCAAUUACUUGAUUCAUCCACGACACCAGCGCAAGCCCUGAGCAAUGCGCUAAAUCCCCGCUCUCCCAUGACCGACAUGUACACACUCUCCCUGCAUCGCGUGACCUUAUUCAAACGAGGCGCUUCAUUCUCCGAGCAUUCCCCUAUGUUACACCAGUUGUCAACGUUCCCAGACUGGAAGAAACCGCAUGGAGGUCUACGCAAAAUGUUUCUAGGAGAAGUGAUCGGCAAACGAGUCGUCAUACAGAGCAUAUGGAUAGGAGGCUUAUGCGGGGGUGAUGAAGUUGAGCAGAGACUGGAAUCGCAAGGGAUCAAAGUCACCGGCUUGAAAGAUGUAGCGUCUCAAGACAGUCCCAUCACCGUUACCAAAGCUCCUUGGGCUCCAUAG